CUUUCCCGCCACGAGAGGCAGCAGCCCAACCGCCGCCUCACCCCUUUCCGGUGCAGCGAGCCCCGCCCACUCCUUCCCUGCCGCCGCCGCCGCCGCCGCUCUUGGUCUCGUGAGCGCUGCCGGGCUCUCUCGCCUUGUCCCCUGUCAGGGCGGCAGCCGCUAUGUCGGACAAGGAGUUCAUGUGGGCCCUCAAGAACGGAGACCUGGACGAGGUGAAAGACUACGUGGCCAAGGGUGAAGAUGUUAAUCGGACACUGGAAGGUGGGAGGAAACCUCUUCACUACGCUGCAGAUUGUGGACAGCUUGAGAUCCUGGAGUUUCUUCUACUAAAGGGAGCUGAUAUUAAUGCUCCAGAUAAACACAACAUUACUCCACUUCUUUCAGCAGUUUAUGAAGGCCAUAUCUCCUGUGUGAAGUUACUCUUGUCAAAGGGUGCUGAUAAGACUGUGAGAGGGCCAGAUGGACUAACUGCAUUUGAAGCCACUGACAAUCAGGCAAUCAAAGCUCUUCUCCAGUGAUGGAUGGACUGAGAUCUAAUGUCUCUCCUGUGGCCUCACACUGCUGCCUGUCUAUCACUCUUCGUAUCUUCCAGCUUCUUCAGCUAAAUAUUGAGAGGGAGGGGGGGAAUCACAAUAAAUCAGACUAGUUAGGUUCCUCUGCCAAAAAGGGGAACCUGUUUGGAAAGAAUAGGUAUCUAUAUCAUUAGUGUCUCCUUAGGACUUGGUUCAGGAUACAGUCUUUCCCAGUUUCUAGCAAAAUUGUACCUCUGCUGGGGAAGAGGAAGAGAUUGUGAUCUGAAAUGUUUGUAGUCUAUAAACUUUCCUUCUCCUGAUGAGACUUGCUGAAACUUGUGAGAUGGCUCCUGUACUUGGUAUUUUCUAACUUGUAAAAGCAGUAGCAGCCCAGUGCUGCGGUGCUGCCAUCUGUCAAUCAAGGCAGUGGGAUAGCUUCUUUUUAGCUGUGCCCUGUGCCUUAAGUAGGUUGUACAAUGCUGAAGGCUUUUGUUUAUCAUGUCCAAGUAUUUAUAGAGAUCACUAAUUUUUACUACCUAUUUGAACAAGGAUUGCAUAGUAAAAACAGGGAUACAUGUCCAAAGGGGUACUGGGUGAAUGAUCAAAAUCAUGCAGUUUUGCUGCCAUGCAAGGCAUUUGUCAAACAGCCAGUUUGUAUACAGUGGCUAUUUCUGGGAAAGAGUUUCUCCUCAAAGGCUUCCAACUGAAAUCUCUUCAUCCAGCACAUUAUAAAAUAUACUGGAAUGAAAUGACAGCUAUACACCUAUUGGUGCUAGAAUAUGAUGGCUUUGCCCUUUAUGGUUUAGACUCAAAAUAACUUUCAAUACUAAAGAAGAAACAGCUCUCAGUUUAAGUUAAUUUCGUUCUUUUAGAUAAGGCAGAAAUUUGCUUUGUCAUAGCUUCAUCAUUCUCACCACAUUGGUCUCAUAUGUGUAUGUAUCUUUGACAUUCAGUUUGAUUUACUGUUAUAGCAUGAGAUCUGUGAAAAAUAGCACGGCAAAUUCAACAGCCACACUCCCAAAGGAAACACUGACAUUUUGCAUUUACUGCCCAAUAAAGGAUGUUAAUACAGGUCAAUUCACAAAUAUGAUUGAAGAUAGCUUUUUAGGGAUGUUGAUACAUAAGGCUUUGUUAUAUGUGUAUGUGUUGAUUUAGGGUGCCAGGGCAAAUAGCAUUCAGGUAUCCCUACUCAAAAAGGUAAAUAGGAUAGGUUUGGUAUAAUACAGUUUAAAACAUCCCAGUGGGGCUUCGGCUGGUUUUGCAUCAGGGUGUGUAAUAUUGUGUCUUGAUUCAUCAUCCAGGUAAUUCUGGUGUUUACAUGUUUCAUGUUAUUGAAUGUAUUUUUUCAAUUUUGAAAGCAUUUCACUUAAAUUUGACAAUAAAAAAAUUCAGUGUAGCAUUCUAUUGAAAAAGGAUUGGGAACAGUCUCCUUAGACAAUGUUAAAUUGCAAGUUAGUAUUGCAGCUUAAAUUGUUUUAUUUUUCCUUGCCAGUGAUAUCAUCCAUAAUAUUUAAAUAAACUAUUCAGCAACUAAGGGAGGCCAAUCUUGAUUCUUUAAAGUCAUUCUGAAAAAUAGAGCUAUAACUUUUGUAAAAGGAGUGCUAUGUGGAACAGCAGGCCUAGCAUCCACAGUCUGUUCAUGCAGAUGUGCACACACACACACACACUGCUGUUAUGAAGAUACUAGUCUAGUAAGUGGAAUUUACAGAUUAAAUUUUAAAUCAAAUGUUAGCCCCAAAAGGCAAUGGUCACUUGACAUUUCUUCUGAAGUGGAGUGAGAGACUGUAAUUCUGAUUUACAUAAAGGAGACAUUCUAACCUUUUGGCCGAUGACAAGAAAAGUGUGUUAUUUUCUCUUCAGUCUUUUUAUGUGUUAGUAUUGGAUCACUUUGCUCUUCUUUCUAGCAGUAUGGUGCUCUCGCUAGGGGUUCUGCCUUUUUUCCAUAACCAUGUAGCCAUCUCACUGUUCUUUCUUUGCAUGUCUUUACUUAAGAAAUUACAAAUGGAUGAUGAGUAGCUAUAAAUGUAUUUUCUAGCCAGUAGGCAAAAAUGGUUAAAAUACUUACCUGCCUGUUCUUUAAAUCUAUCAAGUUUUCCUGUAAUGCCCACUAAGUAAAAUGUCUGACUUCUGAUUUCUGGUCUGGAAGUUAAAAACCUAAAAUCAAAUCAACUUCCUUUCUGUACCAAGAUCAACGUUCUGUACUAAAAUUAUGUUCUAUUCUUAUGUGAAGAAAAAUGUUGACUACCAGUAUCUCUCAUAACUUCUGUUAUAAUGAAACCUCUUGAAAUAAAUAACUUUUCCAAGUAGAAGACUUCAAAAGUACUCAAAAUUUACAAUCUAGAAAUCCAACUCAGCCAGUAUGCAUUCUUUGAGAAUUAAAUUUAAAAUAACGACAUGCAGUUCUAAAGCUUUAUGUUCCCCUUUGUAGAGGCAUUGCUUUCAUAACUUAGGCUUUGUUUUAUAAUGCAGUACUAAAUGGUUAAGUGAUUGAUAGAAGAAGCUGGUAAGAGUGGGAUGUCCUAGUCAAGCAGUUGCAGUGUUGCAUGCAAAAUCUCAAACUGAACAGUCUUAUAUUUUAUAAAUGGAAGAACAAUCAUAUCUUUAUACCCAGUGAUGGAAGAAAAGUAGUGCUUUGUGCAUUUUGAUAUUUGACCUUUUUCCACAAUGUAACUAUUUUGACACAGUUUGGUUUAUCAUUAUCAUGGUUCAUAGACAUCAGAUUGCUAAAUGAUACUGUGUUUGUGUUGCAAGAAUGAAUGGAAUAAACUUGAAUUGUGUUAUAGAGAAA